AUGUCGAACCUGACUAUUUGCAACAACGCACGUGAUGGCAAAUUUAACGAGGUCGUAGAUGCCUUUCGUAAGGACCCGUCAGUAAUCGCUUCUAAGGAUUCUGUACGUUUACGAAUUAUUGCUUUAACUUGCGUAAUUACAAAAUCGUUGGAAUAUAUUCCUUGUAUUCCUAUAUCAAAUGCGUCGCGACUUCUGUUUCUGUUUACUUUACCUUAUUAUCCUUUCGAUUUUAUGAUAAGUUCUCAGUUGCGCUUGAUUAAGAGUCUUCUAUAGUAAGACUGGUUAUCAGAACAUUUUCGGUCGUUGAAUUUUGGCCUGGCUCUGUUAUUUCGGCUGGCCCUAAGAAUGCCGUAGAAGCAUUAAAGCGUUCCACCUAUUCCUAUCGUAGUUGUCUAGUUCGGAAACCCCCUGGUGGUAAGCCGCUGUAGAUAUCUGACUGAAUGUGGUGUUUACUCUUGUCGGAGAUUGCGAACGAUUAAUCAUGUUUUUCGGCCUCUGUCAGUUUAAUUUUCUUAAGAGUCCCUUGUAUUGACGACUGUAGGGCAACCUCGCCGCAAGCACUUUGCUUAUAACUCCCUGUCCACCAAUUUAUUUCCUGCUCUUACAUGCUCUAUACAAGCCCUUUCUAACUACACAAUGCUUCCCGCCGGUGAUUAUUUAUCCGUGAUCCGACAAGUUGACCAGUCUCAUUUUUUUUAAAGUACUCGUCCAUAUUCUCUGUUCAGGGGCAAUUUAUAUGUUCUUGGGAACGACAUUAAGCUGGCAGAUUAUUAUCAUUAAACUUUUCUCGAUGCUUUCUCGUUGUUAUCUGCUGAGUUUAAUGCAGAUUUUUUCACUAGUCAUUCAUUUUGCCUUUCACAAAAUUUUCAGUGUGGGCGUAAUGUCCUUCACUGGAGUGCCUCUGGUGGACAUCUGGAGCUUGUGAAGUACCUCAUCGAGGCCGGAACGAAGGGUGACGAAGCUGAUGAGGUACCUUCGCCUACUUCCGUUUGCAAGUAGAGUGGUUGGCGUCUUGCCUGCCCAGUGACUCAGAACUCAUGCUUCACGUCCUUAAAGCGGAUUUUUUGACCGUCAUAUCUCCCAUUUAUUGAGAUUUUUCGUUUUGCCCUCAGUGCUGCUAUUUUCUCAGUCAGGCUGGACGCCCCUGAUGAUUGCUGUGUCUGCUGGUCGAGACGACGUCGCGGAGUACCUCCUUAAAUUUUGUUCUGCAGAUCCAAAUGCCAUAAACUCCACUGGCCAGUCGCCCUUGCAUUACGCGGCAUCAAAGAAUCGUCUAAACGUUAGUACUGUUGUCUGAGUGUGGUUUAUAGCUUAUCUUCCACUUAUCUAUGAUUACCGUUCCUUCUACUUCACAUACUUUUCACUUCUUUCGGUUCACUUCCCCAGUUGCUCGGAUUUCCUUCACCUUAUAGAAGUAUAGUAAGUAAAAUUGGCUACUUUUGAUGCCUUUUGUUCUUACCGACCUUAGUUAGCAAAGCAACUCUUGGCAGCUGGUGCUCAAGUGGAUCUGAGAGACUGGGGCGGUAACACGCCGUUGCACCGUGCCGUUUCCCAAGGCCACACGGAUAUGGUGAAAUUGCUGCUUUUUGGUGACGCGUCACAUUCCGACCUACAAACAUCAAGUGGCGUCGUGAAAUCUCCCAAAGCCUCUCCGAAUAUCCCAAAUACGGCCGGCCAGACUCCUUUGUAAGACGCUAUUGCCCCUUCUUUCUUGCCUGCCCUAGCUAGCGUGUAUCUUUUGUCGUUGGUUAAUAUGGUAUCCCAACUUCUCUUCAGACAUUUCGCUUGUGAGGAUGGGAACGCCUCUGUUGUACGCCUAUUACUACAGGUUGGCGGAGACCUGUCGGCUAAAGACAAGGUGAGAAGUACUCUCGAAUUACACAUUCAAGUUCUUUUUCUACCGUUGGUUAUGUUUCAGAAAGCCAGAAGCAAAAUUUUGUCCUCUUUUCGUUGCAUUAAAGUUCAUCUACUUAACUGCCAAUAGGUUGUUUUAAUCACGGAAACAAAUUUAUCCCUGGCAUCUUUGUUUACGAGAACUCUACUUGCCUCGAAAUAUAUGUUCACUUUUCCCACUGAUAUCUGCUUGCUUCAGGAUGGGAAAACUCCAAUUGAACUGGCACCCGAUCAUCUUCGCGUUUCAAUCCCCAAUGAGCUUGGUCUUGUUCGCUAA